GAGAGAGAGAGAGAGAGGGAGAGAGAGAGAGAGGGGUGAAGUGGUCUCCGAUUGGUGACGACGCUCUAAAUACUUUCGAUCAUAGUAGAUCGACAAGCGUUCAUCGUCCGUAGAGUGCCAAAGAUCGUCUUGUGCAAAAUUGCAAGAGAAAAUUAUUUUGCCCCAUUAAAACUCGAAUGCGUCUGUCGAUUUACAUCGUUCUCGGAGACGCGGCAUGUUCAAAAGCAUCGAAGAAAUUGCAAGGAAAUCGUUUGCAUCGUCCGAGGAGAAUGUCAACGACAUCGGGCGGGGGUGGAUUCGUUGAGGACUCGAGAAAGAAUCAAAGAGAAAAGUGAGGCCAAGAAGGUGGCAAACGUAAGGACAAGUAGGUACUCGUCGAGGUGAUGUUGCUGGAGUCGCGAAGCUUCGACGGUAGGAAGAGAAACGGACUGACACUGACUUCGUUCGUGGGUGGAGACGGUGGUCGGAGCGGAGGAGGAGGUGGAGCAGAAGGAGGAGGAAGGGGAGGAGGAGGAGGAGGAGGAGGAGGUGGUGGUGGAGGAGGAGGUGGCGGCAGCGAGGAGGACGACGAGGAAUCGAGGCAUCAUCGCGUCUUUCUCGGUAGGAAAAUGCAGGGCGAGAGUGCCGCCGCCUCCGCGGUACCCACCGGAAUUUCUGGCAUUUCCGGAUGUACCAGAGACGAUACCGACGACAGCUCGAGUACCUCGCCCAAUGGCAGUCUCCUCAACAACAUCAACAAUAAUUGCAAUUCUAAUCGACAAUGUGCUACCGACUUCAGCAUCGCGGCCAUCAUGGCCAGGGACUCGAGGCAACAGCAACAGCAGCAGCAGCAGCAGCAGCAACAACAACAACAACAACAACAACAACAACAACAACAACAAUCUCAAUCUCAAUCUCAAUCUCAGUCGCAUUCUCAGCAACAAAAUCAACAGCAGCAGCAACAACAUCAUCAUCACCAUCAUCACCAUCAUCAUCAUCACCGGCACUCUCAGCAGCAGGCCGUCGGCGGCGGCAAGCUUCAUCAACAUGAAAGGGAACCGAGCGGUUCUGGUGUCGUCCGUGGAUCACACCAGUCGGUUCAGGAAUCGAUCAACGCCGAGGACGAGCCGGAAACGGAUGACGCCGGAAGUACGAGCGGAAAAGGAGCCUCGCCCGUUAAUCCGUUGCUUCAGGAACGAUGGAAUUGCGAGGAGCUCAAGCACGUCGUUUGUCAUCUGGAAACCAAAGAUCUUUGGGAUAAGUUCAACGAGCUAGGCACCGAGAUGAUCAUCACCAAGACCGGAAGGCGGAUGUUCCCGACCUGUCGCGUCUCCUUCAACGGACUAAAGGCGGACAGCCGGUACGCGGUCUUAAUGGAUAUCGUGCCGGUGGAUAACAAGAGGUACCGGUACGCUUAUCACAGAAGCUCGUGGUUGGUAGCAGGGAAGGCCGAUCCACCGGCGCCUGCUCGUCUUUACGUCCACCCCGACUCACCGUUCACCGGCGAGCAACUUCGCAAGCAAGUCGUCUCCUUCGAGAAAGUCAAGCUUACGAACAACGACAUGGACAGGCAAGGCCACCUGGUGCUGAACUCGAUGCACAAGUACCAGCCGAGGAUCCACCUGGUGAAGAGGCCAGAUUCGGGCACGGCGAAACCCAUCGUUGAUCUCGAGAAGGAGUCGUACAAGACCUUCAUAUUCCCGGAGGCCAUAUUCACCGCUGUCACCGCCUAUCAGAAUCAGCUCAUUACCAAAUUGAAGAUCGACAGUAAUCCCUUCGCCAAAGGAUUCCGGGACUCGUCUCGUUUGACCGACUUUGAGAGCUUCCCUUUCAGGGAAACGAUGGAGUCGAUGUUGGCGGAGCAGCAAUCGUUGAGGUUUCCGCAUCGAUUGCCUUUCGAGAUGGACCAAUUACAGGCCGGUGCCGUUAGCAAUCUCAGUCUCGAGGAAAAGGCAUUGUGGGCCGCACGUUCGCAAAUGUUGCUCAGAGCCGCCGCCGCGGUGGCGGUCAGUCCUUACGCUCAGCUCGUGAGCCCGUCUCUGGUGUAUCCCGGUGCGACCGGUGCUUCGGCCGCUACCACAGCCGGCACGAGUCACCAUCAUCAACAGCAACAACAGCAGCAACAGCAACAGCAGCAACAGCAUCAUCAGCAGCAACAGCAACAGCAGCAGCAGCAGCAGCAGCAGCAGCAGCAACAGCAACAACAGCAACAACAGCUCGGCCAUCUAUGGUGGGCGUCUUCGAUAGGACCUACGCUCUUCGCGGCGGCUCAUCAUCACCAACAGCAGCAGCUAGCUGCCUCGAGCUCUCAGCAGGGUUCGGUCGGUGGUCCAGCCGCACCUAGACCUCUUUAUCCGUCGGCGUUGGCGCUGGCGCAUCAUCGAUUCUCACCUUAUCACACGGCGAGCACACCGAAAUCGGCGACGCCGGCAGCGCCCUCGCCCUCGCCCUCGCCCUCCCGAAGGGCCACACCCUCGCCAACGGACAGUCUAAGCAGAGAGGCACAGGAUCUUUCGCCCUCGUAGUCGGAACCUCAUCCGAACGUUUAUCCGUGCGUCGUGCGCUGUGCCGUUCCUUUUCUAAUCUUUGUCUCUUUUUCGAACAAGACGCUGACGCAGGUGCAAAGAGAGGAAGAAAGUUUAAAAGUGCGUGUUAAAUUGCUCGGACGAGUAAUCAUUUGUGCGCCCGCGAGAGACGCUGAAAGGUCGUCAUGUUUGGAAAGACGAUGGACGCCCGAUUCGAGGCAACAACGCGAAUGGCAGUAUGGUAAUUGUGGUGGCAAAGGUCCCAUUGGGACCACGCGAGACGUGCGCGACUUCGAGUUCGCCGAACGAAAGAGCCGGAAGAGAGGGGCAGGGAGGAGGGAGGGAGGGAGGGAGAGAGAGAGAGAGAGAGAGAGAGAGAGAGAGAGAGAGAAUGAAGUCUUCUCUCGCGACCCAUGACCUAUUCUAAGAAUGCUGGCAACCGUGGAGGAUUUCUUUCUUGAUUCUCGUCGAAUGACUAGUCGUUUUCCGUUUCUCUCACGCGUCGACUUUUUACUUAACGUUCUGUCUACGUAUCAACCUUUUUCAUAUCAUCGAUCUCCUCGGUCACUGCUGAAACGCCUUUAUCUUUUCUAACGACGAAACGCUGAAAGGAACGUGGUCUUCUCUUUUGAAAGAACCUUACUAUCUUUAUCGUUUCGUUUGACGGAUAUAUAAAUAGCAACUUGUUCGAAACGCACUCGACACAGGAAUGCGUUCGUCCAUCCAUGAAUUUUAUUAAUAAUUUUAUCUUUCUUCAACUUUCUUUGAUAAAAAGAGAUGUGAGACAGAAUGGGGUGAAAGGACGAAAGGACGACGAUAUCGUAUUAAUCACGCACGGAACAAUUUAUUACAUUGUAAAUAUGUAUUCCUUAUAAUUUUAAAAUAACGAUAUAAGCCAAAAUAAUGCGUAGGUAUAUUCAUAAAGGAUACGUUGUACAUCCGCAUAUAUGCGACACACAUGUAUAUACAACGUUACAUACACACGCACACACACACGCGCGCACACACACACACACACACACACAGCCAAACACACACGCGUAUAUAUAUACACAUAUAUGUAUAUAUAUAUAGUAUAUAUAAAAAUGUACAUAUGAAUAGCUAUAGGAAAGUAUAGCUGUAUCAUAGGUAUGUUGUUAUAAUACUCUUAGGUCGCAAAUUGUAUGCGUACAAAAUUAUACACCUACUACAACGUGCGCUAUGAUCUACAUCGCUAUUAUCGCGUAACGUAGGUACGAUUAUUUGCGACCUGUCGGUAUUAUUGCCCUCCAUUCCUGUAAAAUAAGCUGUAUAUUUCAUCUCACAAUUUAUCGUUAUUGUUAUUUAUGUUUCGGUUCCGUAUACUGCGCGUGGAAAAAAUUUAAAAUAUUUCGGAUCUCGUGAUACGCUUAUAAUUGGUAACAAAAAAAGAAAAGAAAGAAAAUAAAGAAAAGCGCUUCUAUUUAAGAGUACAAAAGAUUGUCGUUCAUUCGUAGACGAUCGGUGAUUCGUGUACCAAGUUCUAAAGGCGUACGCAAGAACGUCGUUUUAAGAAUUUUCCACCGUCGUUCAAACGACUAUUAUCGCCUUUGACGAUUAUUACUAGCGUAGAGCGUUGAUAUCGUUAAUGCUUGUGUUGUGAAAAUGCAUAUCCAUUGCUGUGCAAGCUACAUCCUUGUAAAUAAAUUCCAAUAAAUUCUUGUA